AUGCCAGUUUUAUCUGCAGAGCCGACUGCUGAAAGCGGAUUCCCUGGAGACACUAGUGAGCGGUUCCAAGCGCCCUCACGCCUGCCCCGAAUGUCCUGCCCCCUCGCGGGCCAAGGCCACACCGCCACAGCAUGGCGAGCUGCCCCGCCACCGCCCUGCUGCCGGCCGCUGCCACCAGAAGCGGAAGCCGCCCCGAUCGCCACCUGCCACCUAAACCCCUCUGUCGGGGAGAAGCACUUCGAGCAGGCCAUCGAGAGGGUCAUUGGAGGCCUUGAGAAGAAGACACAGGUCCUGCAGCCCGGCGAGAAGAUGACAGUAGCCUAUCACGAGACUGGCCAUGCGGUGGUGGGCUGGUUCCUGGAACACGCAGACCCCCCUCUGCUCAAGGUGUCCAUCGUCCCCGGGGGCAAGGGCCUCGGCUAUGCCCAGUGCCUGCCCAGGGAGCAGUACCUGUACACACGGGAGCAGCUCUUUGACCGCAUGUGCGCCAUGCUGGGCGGCCGCGUGGCUGAGCAGCUGUUCUUCGGGCGGGUCACCACGGGGGCCCAGGACGACCUGAGGAAGGUCACCCAGAGCGCCUAUGCCCAGAUCGUGCAGUUCGGGAUGAGCGAGAAGCUGGGCCAGGUGUCCUUCGAUCUCCCACAGCCAGGCGAGGCGCUGGUGGAGAAGCCAUUCAGCGAGGCCACCGCCCAGCUCAUAGACGAGGAGGUGCGGCGGCUCAUCUGCUCUGCACAUGCGCGCACCCUGGACCUGCUCACACGCUGCCGUGAGCAGGUGGACAAGGUGGGCAGGCAGCUGCUGGAGAAGGAGGUGCUGGAGCGGGCCGACAUGGUGGAGCUGCUCGGGCCACGGCCGUUCACCGAGAAGAUCACCUACGAGGAGCUCGUGGAGGGCAUGGGCGGCCUGGAGGAGGACAUGGCCCUUCCCGAGGGUCUGCAGGGCUGGCAUGGGGGGCCCGCUGCAGGAGAGCCCAGCCUAGCGCCUCCGCCUGGAGAGCAGCCUCCAGGAACCCCAGGAAGCAAAUUAAAGCACAUGUAA